CGAACCACGAUGGGGAUGGCACGCGUCUGCGUCGCCUCCGACACCGGCCGUACGUGCACCGCGACGUAAACAUAAACCAGUGAAGUGAAAAACAAUUACAGAUGACGUCUGUUUAGUAUCAAAUGGAUAUUUUAGUGAUCAAGUGACUGUUUUAGUUAAGAUAUUAUAUUCGGAAUAGACAAAUGUGUGUAGAAAAUGUUUCAAUUGCUGACGCUUUUGUUAGUGACUUUGGGUGUCAAUGCCGCAUAUGCACCGAAAGGCGUGGAUAAUUGUAAUCAUCUGCCCAAAGACGACGAAGGUGGCACCUUGUGCAGGGUGCGGACGCUCGACGCCGAUGGAUCUUCUUUAGCAUCUGCGCCUUCGGAGACUACUAAACGACUGAUCGUCGAGUGCAACCAACUACUUCUUUUCGAAAGUUAUCUAGAGGCAAACUAUUUUCAAAGAUUUCCAUCACUCGCAGAACUUGUGCUACAAAACUGUAAACUUCUUCGGAUACCGGGAAACGCGUUCGAAGGAUUACGUGAACUGAAAAAGUUAUCAAUUCGAUCAAAAAACAAUGAUUGGAGCCCCAACAAAAACCUAGAGCUUUCUCUUGGGACUUUUAACGGAUUGCGAGAAUUACAAACCCUUGAUUUGGGAAAUAACAACCUGAAAGCUAUUCCAUCCGACGUUUUUUGCCCAUUGGACAAUUUACAAGUAUUGAAUGUCACUCAGAAUAGAUUAAGAAGUGUCGACCGCCUCGGAUUUGGGAAAGCCUGUGGUUCCGGACUGCGAAGCUUAGACUUGAGUCACAAUGAACUUAAGUCUCUCACUGAGGAAUCUGAGAUAACUGGAUUAAGGCGGCUUCAAGAGCUGAAACUACAACAUAAUAACAUCAGUGAUAUUUCAGGUGAAACGUUUAAUGGGCUUAUUUCACUGCGAAUAUUAAAUAUUUCCUACAACAACCUCCAGUUUAUACCUGAAGGCACGUUCGCUAGCACGAAAGAAUUACGAGAGGUGUAUUUGAAUAAUAAUCUCCUGUUUGAAUUAGCCAGGGGCGUUUUCCACCGAUUAGAACAGCUGCUUGUCUUAGAUUUAUCGAAUAAUCAGCUCUCGAGCGCUCAUAUCGACGGUGGAACGUUUAUUGGCCUUAUACGCUUAGUCAUUCUGAAUUUAUCUAAUAAUGCCUUGACGAGAAUAGACGGGAAAACGUUCAAGGAUUUAUUUUUCUUACAAAUAUUAGAUUUAAGGAAUAAUUCUAUUGGUUAUAUUGAAGAAAAUACUUUUCUUCCUUUGUAUAAUUUGCAUACAUUAAAUUUAGCUGAGAAUCGCUUACACACAAUAGAUGAGUUCCUAUUUAAUGGAUUGUUUGUACUAAGUAAACUUAAUCUUAAUAAUAACCUACUUAUAAAUAUAGACCCAAGAGCGUUCAAAAAUUGCUCAGAUUUAAAGGAAUUGGACCUAAGUUCGAAUCAGCUAACAGAUGUCCCUUCAGCCAUUUGGGAAUUAUCUCUAUUGAAAACGUUAGAUCUCGGUGAAAAUCAGAUAUCAGAUAUCAAAAAUGGAUCCUUUAGAAAUUUAGAUCAACUAACUGGUUUGAGGUUGAUCGACAAUCAGAUAGGUAACCUUUCGGUUGGAAUGUUUUGGGAUUUACCAAGUUUACAAGUUCUUAAUCUUGCUAAAAAUAAAAUACAAGCUAUAGAAAGAGGCAGUUUUCAAAGAAAUAAGCAACUGGAAGCCAUUAGGCUUGAUGGAAAUUUCGUAUCAGAUAUCAAUGGAGUAUUUUCAACAUUAUUAAGUUUAUUAUGGCUCAAUUUGUCAGAAAAUCACUUAGUUUGGUUCGAUUACGCUUUUGUACCUAGCAACUUGAAAUGGCUUGACGUUCAUGGAAAUUUUAUUGAACACUUAGGAAACUAUUAUAAACUGCAAGACGAAAUUCACAUAAAAACAUUAGAUGUUAGCCAUAAUAGAAUUGUCGAAAUAACACCAUUUGCAAUUCCAAACAGCGUUGAAUUGCUGUUUAUUAAUAAUAACCACAUAAACAAUAUAGGAGUAAACACGUUUAUGGAGAAACGCAAUCUAACUAGAGUCGAUAUUUACGCAAAUGAGAUAUCUCAUUUAGAUAUCAACAGCCUCCGGUUGUCCCCGGUUCCUUCAAACAAAUCGCUGCCUGAGUUCUAUAUCGGAGGAAAUCCGUUUAACUGUGAUUGCUCUAUGGAAUGGUUGCCUUUAAUAAACAAUAUGACUGCAAUGAGACAACACCCUAGAAUAAUGGAUCUGGAAAAUGUGCUGUGCAAAAUGACACACACUAGAGGCGUAACACACAUACCGCUUAGUAACCUGAAAUCAACAGAUUUCUUGUGUACAUACGAGACACAUUGCUUCACAUUAUGCCAUUGUUGUGAUUACGUUGCGUGUGACUGUCAAAUGACUUGUCCAAACAAUUGCUCUUGCUACCAUGACCCGACUUGGCAUACAAACGUAGUCGAUUGUUCAAGCCAACGUGCUAUUGAAAUUCCAGAGAAGAUACCCAUGGACGCUACCGAGGUCUAUUUGGACGGUAAUGACUUUAAAGAAUUACAAAAUUAUGCAUUCAUCGGCAGAAAAAAUAUGAGAUCACUUUAUGUAAAUUCGAGCGAAGUUGAAAACAUUCAGAAUAGGACGUUUGCUGGUUUAUCUUCCCUCAUUAUUUUGCAUCUCGGAAACAAUAAAUUAAAACAUUUAAAUGGGUACGAGUUUGAACAUUUGACACAGCUUAACGAGCUAUAUUUGCAAGAUAAUUUUAUUAGUCAUAUCGGUAACUCAACAUUUUCAACAUUAUAUUCACUUAAAAUUUUAAGAAUAGAUGGCAAUAGACUAAUAGAUUUCUCUGUUUGGAAUUUAAAUAAUAAUUUAAAAUUAAACGCACUUUCCCUUGGUAACAACAUGUGGUCUUGCAAAUGCAGAUAUUUACAAAGAUUUACUGCCUUUAUAUCUGAGAACGUACAUAAAAUUCUUGAUGUAUCAGACGUGUGGUGUUGGAAUACAGACUCUCAGUUGCCACAAAAGAAAGAGUUGAAUCUUAAUGGCACAAUAUGCAGCGACUAUUACGCCGGAGAUUCUGUAAUAGAUAACAUGCUGGUCUCAAAUUACAUGCCUAUGAUGGUUACUACGGUCACUGGAUUCAUGCUGAUCAUGCUAGUCAUCCUUGUUAUGUUCUUGUUUAGAGACACUAUUCGGUUAUGGAUGUAUACAAGCUGUGGAAUAAGAUUGUUUCCAUUCACUGGAGCAUACGACGACACUGAUAAAUUAUACGAUGCUUAUGUGUGCUACAGCCCUAAGGAUGAUGAUUUUGUUAUUCAAACGUUAGCAGCUGAAUUAGAAAAUGGAAGCCCUUCAUAUCACUUGUGUCUACAUUAUAGAGAUAUCCCGCAGCAUGGUGGAGCUUAUAUGCAGUGCACAGUUCCACUUCAGGAAGCAGCCGAAGCUUCGAAACGGAUUAUUCUGAUAUUGACGAGAAACUUUAUUGAGACAGAAUGGUCACGUUUCGAAUUUCGGCAAGCACUUCAUGAACUACUAAAAACUCGAAUAUACACAUUAGUUAUUAUUGAAGAAAAUUCAGUAUUACCCGAGGCAGAGUGUGAUCCAGAUUUGAGGCCAUAUUUGAAAACAAGUUCGAGAGUAAGGUUGGGCCAUAAUAAAUUUUGGGAAAAGUUGCGUUAUGUGAUGCCAGAUCGUAAAUAUAAGGCAGCAUCAAGCUAUAGGAAUAACAUUAAUUCAUAUACUAUGAGAAGUGGUAUGCAAAAUGGCACCAUAAGGUCCUUUUCAUUUACGGAUAAGAUGAGAGGGUCAGCUGACGGUGUGAGCUCUGUCCCUGAGUUUUUGGAAGAGCGUCGACAGCAGGUGCAGAAUGCCUCAUAUGGGCCGGAUGGUAGGCCUCCCUCUGAUCAUAUAUACUCGUCUAUAGAUUCUGAUUACUCGUCAUUAGAGUUAGGUGGGAAUAACCCGAAUCGGCGGCGAGAGUUCAGGCACUGGCCGCCUCCGCCGCCUCUUAUCGACACCCAGUCAUCGGGUCAAGCCUACCUUGUCUAGUCUCAGCGCUUACAACUCAAUAUAAACACUGUUAGUCAAGCUUAAUGUGAAUAUUGUAUCAUCGCAUCGCGCGCUUUACCAAAUAAUUAAGAUUUUAAUCUAUUUUUGUAAUUUCUCGCCAUUUCAAAGGGCGUUCGUUUCGUAUUGUUGGUGUAAAUACAUUCUAUAAGACUGCUGUAGUAUAUUAUGUGAAUUUGUAUAUAAUAUGUAAAUAAAUGUCCAUAUAAGUCACGAGUAUACUAUUUAUAUACUUUAAUAAAGCCAUUGUGAUAAUUUUUACAUAA